GAGGUGGCGACGGUGAGGCGGAGGGAGGCGGCGGCGAGGGCGAGGCGGACGGCGGCGGCGGCGAGGGCAAGGCGGACGGCGGCGGCGUUGACGGUGGCGGCGGCGAGGGCGAGGCGGACGGCGGCGGCGGCGAGGGCGAGGCGGACGGCGGCGGCGGAGACGGUGAGGCAGAUGGAGGAGGUGGCGACGGUGAGGCGGAGGGAGGCGGUGGCGAGGGCGAGGCGGAAGGAGGCGGCGGCGAGGGCGAGGCGGACGGCGGCGGCGUUGACGGUGGCGGCGGCGAGGGCGAGGCGGACGGCGGCGGCGGCGAGGGCGAGGCGGACGGCGGCGGCGGAGACGGUGAGGCGGAUGGAGGAGGUGGCGACGGUGAGGCGGAGGGAGGCGGUGGCGAGGGCGAGGCGGAAGGAGGCGGCGGCGAGGGCGAGGCGGACGGCGGCGGCGUUGACGGUGGCGGCGGCGAGGGCGAGGUGGACGGCGGCGGCGGCGAGGGCGAGGCGGACGGCGGCGGCGGAGAUGGUGAGGCGGAUGGAGGAGGUGGCGACGGUGAGGCGGAGGGAGGCGGUGGCGAGGGCGAGGCGGAAGGAGGCGGCGGCGAGGGCGAGGCGGACGGCGGCGGCGGAGACGGUGAGGCGGAUGGAGGAGGUGGCGACGGUGGCAAAAACGAGGGCGAGGCGGAAGGCGGCGGCGGCGAGGGCGAGGCGGACGGCGGCGGCGGAGACGGUGGCGGCGGCGAGGGCGAGGCGGACGGCGGCGGCGGCGAGGGCGAGGCGGACGGCGGCGGCGGAGACGGUGAGGCAGAUGGAGGAGGUGGCGACGGUGAGGCGGAGGGAGGCGGUGGCGACGGUGAGGCGGAUGGAGGAGGUGGCGAGGGCGAGGCGGAAGGAGGCGGCGGCGAGGGCGAGGCGGACGGCGGCGGCGUUGACGGUGGCGGCGGCGAGGGCGAGGCGGACGGCGGCGGCGGCGAGGGCGAGGUGGACGGCGGCGGCGUUGACGGUGAGGCGGAUGGAGGAGGUGGCGACGGUGAGGCGGAGGGAGGCGGUGGCGAGGGCGAGGCGGAAGGAGGCGGCGGCGAGGGCGAGGCGGACGGCGGCGGCGUUGACGGUGGCGGCGGCGAGGGCGAGGCGGACGGCGGCGGCGUUGACGGUGGCGGCGGCGAGGGCUAG